UGAGAGCUCUUUAAACCAGUUCUCAGUGGAGGGUCGGCGAGGGGUCAGGACAAAGAUGGGUUACGCUGGGGCGGUUGCGGUUUCUUCCCUUUGGAGACUGUGUUCUGGAGCCCUGAGGUUCCCCUCAGGUUAUGCAAAAAGUGCCAGCAUCAGAUUUUGCAGUACAGGAAUGACCUAUGAAAAUAUCAACCGUGCCACUAUAGAUCGUAUCAUUCGUGUAGAUCAUGCUGGGGAAUAUGGAGCAAACCGUAUAUAUGCUGGACAAAUGGCUGUCCUAGGUAGAACAAGUGUAGGACCAGUUAUCCAGAAAAUGUGGGAUCAAGAAAAGGCCCACUUGAAAAAGUUUAAUGAGUUGAUGAUUACAUUUAGAGUCCGACCAACUAUCUUGAUGCCUUUUUGGAAUGUAAUGGGAUUUGUAUUGGGUGCUGGAACAGCCAUGCUUGGGAAGGAAGGGGCAAUGGCCUGCACUGUGGCUGUGGAAGAGUCAAUAGCACAUCAUUAUAACAACCAGAUUAGGACAUUAAUGGAAGAGGAUCCAGAAAAGUAUGAAGAACUUCUUCAGAUAAUUAAAAAAUUUCGGGAUGAGGAACUGGAACACCAUGAUACAGGACUUGACCAUGAUGCAGAAUUGGCACCAGCAUACACCAUCUUGAAGAAUGCUAUUCAGGUUGGAUGCAAAGCUGCAAUAUAUUUAUCAGAACGAAUUUAAAAUAAUUCUUUAUGAUAUUGUAGAGAAGAUUACAAUAACUGAAGUAAUCAUUUGCACAUGUGAACUUUAUAAUUAUUGUGUGAAUUUUGUUAAUAAAUUAAAUCAACUUAAAAAAAAA